AUGGCCUCUGCCCCAGCUAUGCCCUACAUUGCGGUGGUGUGGUUGCACGAAGCGCACUUGGAUGCUUCGUCCACCCUUGGAAAUGGUGUAGCACUGCCAGCAGAGUCAUGGCUGUGUUUGGUUGAAGGCUGGCAUUUGUAUGAGCUCACUCCCCUCUUCCCCCCCAAUAAAUGGGUAAAUGUUAUAAUACAGGAGAAACAACUGUCGGCAUGGCAUAACGAUCAUAGCCAAUUUGUACCAUUAAACUCGCUGUGGUACAAGCAGUCUUUACUUCUGACCCGUUGGAAUCGACAGACGUACUUCGGUUUCAGAAUAUGUUUUAAUGAGAUCAGUGUUGAAUCAGGCUGCCUGCUGUUUCCCGUGGAGAUCAUGAAACGACGUCGGCUUCCUAGCAGCAGUGAGGAUUCUGACGACAAUGGCAGUCUGUCCACCUGGUCCCAGCAUUCCAGAUCUCGACAUCGGAGGACGUCGUGUUCCAGACAUGAAGAUCGAAAACCUUCUGAGGUGUUCAGAACGGACCUGAUCACUGCCAUGAAGUUACAUGACUCCUUCCAGCUGAACCCUGAUGAAUACUAUGUGCUGGCAGACCCCUGGAGGCAGGAGUGGGAAAAGGGAGUUCAGGUGCCAGUUAGCCCAGGGACCAUCCCAGAACCAGUAGCCAGGAUUGUGUCUGAGACGAAAGCUGUCACGUUUACACGUCCCAGGAAGUACAUUGUGUCAUCAGGUUCAGAGCCUCCAGAGCUGGGCUAUGUUGACAUUCGAACGUUAGCAGACAGCGUGUGUCGCUACGAUCUCAAUGAUGUGGACGUAGCAUGGUUGCAACUUGCCAAUGAAGAAUUCAAAGAAAUGGGGAACCUGGAACUGGACGAGUACACGAUGGAAAGGGUCUUAGAGGAGUUUGAACAACGAUGCUAUGAUAACAUGAAUCAUGCUAUCGAGACGGAAGAAGGACUUGGGAUUGAAUAUGAUGAAGAUGUUGUCUGUGACGUCUGUCAGUCUCCAGAUGGAGAAGACGGCAACGAAAUGGUGUUCUGUGACAAAUGCAAUAUCUGUGUGCACCAGGCGUGUUACGGGAUCCUGAAGGUGCCGGAAGGCAGCUGGCUGUGCAGGACGUGCGCACUUGGUGUCCAGGCCAAGUGUUUGCUGUGUCCCAAGAAGGGUGGUGCCAUGAAGCCGACCCGGAGUGGCACCAAGUGGGUCCAUGUCAGCUGUGCUCUGUGGAUUCCAGAGGUGAGCAUUGGAAGCCCAGAAAAAAUGGAGCCCAUUACAAAGGUUUCUCACAUUCCCAGCAGCCGGUGGGCACUGGUGUGCAGCCUUUGUAAUGAAAAAGUUGGAGCUUCUAUACAGUGUUCAGUGAAAAACUGCAGAACAGCCUUUCACGUCACCUGCGCAUUUGACCGUGGCUUGGAGAUGAAGACCAUACUGGCAGAGAACGAUGAGGUGAAAUUUAAGUCGUACUGUCCCAAGCACAGCUCCACCAGGAAAGCGGAUGAUGAGACUUUCAGUGAAAGCCCAGGUCAGGAGAACGGGAACGGGAUUCAGGACAGCUCUCUUCCUGCCCACAUCACCCCUUUCCACAGCAUGGAUCAAAACCAGGAGGAGGCCCACAGAGUCAGCCUCCGCAAGCAAAAGCUCCAGCAGCUGGAGGAUGAGUUCUAUACCUUUGUCGAGUCUUUGGAAGUGGCUAAAGUGCUGCAGCUGCCCGAGGAGCCGGUGGAAUUCCUUUACCAGUACUGGAAGCUGAAGAGAAAAGCCAACUUCAAUAAGCCUUUGAUUACCCCAAAGAAGGAUGAAGAGGACAAUCUGGCUAAAAGGGAGCAGGAUGUUCUGUUCAGAAGAUUGCAGCUCUUCACACACCUCCGGCAAGAUCUAGAGCGGGUGCGUAAUCUCACUUACAUGGUAACCCGAAGGGAAAAAAUCAAGAGAUCUGUUUGCAAAGUUCAAGAACAGAUAUUUAAUAUCUACGUAAAGCAGCUGGAACAAGAGAGAGUUUCAGGUGUGCCUCCCUCAUUCUCCUCAGUGGAAAACACGGUGUUGUUCAACAGCCCAUCUUUGGGCCCCAAUGCCCCCAAGAUAGAGGAUUUGAAAUGGCAUUCUGCAUUCUUCAGGAAACAAAUGGGCACAUCUCUAACCCACUCUUUGAAAAAACCACACAAGAGAGACAGAGUAAGAAACAGCUCUGGGAAUGACAGCAAAUCCAUGCUGGGGCAGCCCAGCCAAAGGGAAGGGGGUGCAGCUCCAGGUGGCUUUUUAAAUUUUGACAAGACCUUUGCAGAAACACGGAUUGUAUCAGCACAGCAGAAUGGCAUAGUUGUACCCGACCACAGAAAAAGACAAGACAAUCGGCCACAGUAUGAGGUGACCAAGGCGGAACUAAAGGAAAAGACUUCUAAACACAACCACAAACCACUAAGACCCACAGAACUCUCUCAGAGGCAAUCAGAAAACAAAAGGGCUGUGAACCACUCCAGUGGUAGGUCGGCACCUGGCACCCGGAGGGAUAUAGUGCCUAAAUGCAAUGGGGGUCUUGUCAGAGUAAACUCUAAUCAGACAAUAGUUAAAGUGCCUACGACGCCCACGAGCCCGGUGAAGAACUGGGGCGGAUUCCGAAUUCCAAAGAAGGGGGAGAGGCAACAGCAGGGCGAGAGCCCAGAGGAGAGCUGCCGCCAGAACUCCAGCUACUCCUACCUGGGUGUGGGCAGAGUUUCACCGAAGGACAGGGCAAAAAGCAAGCUAAAGCCUGACAGCGAGAAUGAUGGGUACGUCCCGGAUGCUGAAAUGAGCGACUCAGAGACUGAAGUGGCUGAAAAAAAGUGCAGGCAGCAGAGGCUCAGUCCCAGCAGCACUAUGAGCAGAAGGAUGGACAUUAUUAGGAGAAGCAUCCUGGCAUCCUGA